AUGUCUGCCGGAAAGAUCCUGUUUCUUCACGGCUAUACCCAGUCCGGUCCCGUCUUUGCCAAACGCAGCGCGGGUCUCCGAAAAGCUCUCGGAAAGCUAGGAUUCACUACUCACUACGCUACCGCUCCCAUCUCCCGUCUUGUUCCUCUCGACGCCCCCGAGGAAGAGCGCCAGGCGCUCUUCGCCAAGGGCUUCAAGGAAGAAGACUCGUAUGCCUGGUUCGUGCAGGACGACGCCACGGGCGAGUACGACGGCAUCGAAGAGAGCUGGGCGGUCUUGAAAGACUACAUCGCCAAAGAAGGACCAUUCGUCGGCGUUGUCGGCUUCUCGCAGGGCGCAGUGCUCGGCAGCAUGCUCGUCCACGAGAUGAGCAGGUUAGCGCCGACGCAGGACGGUUUCAAGUUUGCUGUCCUCGUCAGCGGAUUCCGCGCCCGGUGUCCGGGAUCUGAUGCGUGCUACCCGAUAACUAUCCCGACGAUGCACGUCAUGGGCCAGGCGGACUCGAUUGUGUCGAACGAGAAGAGUCAGACGCUUGUUGAUGCUUGCGUUGAGGACGGGCGCAAGGUCUUUGUCCACCCCGGUGGCCAUUUCGUGCCUUCUAACAGAGAGGCUGUUACUGCCAUUACUGGCUUUAUCAAGCAGGUCUUGAAGAUGGACUAG